AAAACCGAUAUAUCCAACAUAUAUUCAUAUCUAUGUGUAAGCAUGAAAAUCAAAAUAGUUAGCAGUAAACUGAUAAAACCAAGUACCCCAACUCCUCAAAACCUUAACAAGUACAAAAUUUCAUUCAUAGAUGAGCUUAUGCCACCGGUGAAUACGAGAACCGUUUUGUUUUACUAUCCAAUAUUAACGAAUAAUCGGAAACAAAACGAUAGCAGCCAGUUGUUACAGCUGGCAGAAUCAUUGUCCGAAAUCCUACCGAAAUUCUACCCUCUUGCUGGAAGAUACAUCAAGAAUGAUGUCUUCGUCGACUGCAAUGAUCAAGGCGUACAGUUUGUCGAAGCACAAGUUGUUGAUGAUGACGUGGAUUUCAACGAUAUUGUCUCGAAAAUGGAGAUGGAGGAACUCAAUAAACUCCUAUCGGGUAAAAUACACCAAAUCGACGAAUCUCCGACGGAUCCACUCAUGUCUAUUCACGUGACAACAUUCAAGUGCGGUGGGCUUUCGAUUGGCGUCAGUGUUUCUCACAGAAUCUUCGAUGCAUAUUCUUUAGGGAUAUUCAUAAACGCCUGGUCAAACGCCAGUCAUCCAAAUCCAGGUGGCGAAAUCAAGAUCAUUUGCCCGCGUUUUGAUUUGGCAACGUCGUUUCCGGGCUACGGGUCUAGUUCCGGGCCGUCUGUGGUUCGCUCAUCAUCUACUCCUAGCUCUAUUGUGAAGAGGUUCUCGUUUAACAAGGAUGCAAUAACAAGCGCGAGAUCAAAACUAAUUCAAAGGCCAAAUAGUUAUUACUCGAGGGUGCGUGUGGUGUGUGCAGUUAUAGCCAAUGCCCUAAUGGGUGUGGAUCGGGCCAAACACGGAGGAAAAUCAAGACCUUGCCUCAUUGUUCAAGCGGUCAACAUGCGUGGGAGAACGAACCCACCGAAGCACAAGUAUUCUUGUGGGAAUUUUGCGACAUAUUCACUCACCUAUAUCGAAGAUGAUUGUAAGAACAUAUUCGGGGUUCAAGUAUUGGCGGAUAAUAUGGGUGAUUCUGUCGAAAAGACCGUGAAUAGUUGUGCUCAAAUACUUUCUCAACGUGCGAAACUACAUAGUACAAUCACGGAAACUUUUGCGAACGUCGGGAGAAAAACAUCGAGUAGUGAGGUGAAUGUUAUGUACUUUACGGAUUGGAGUAAGUUUGGAUUGUAUGACGUUGAUUUCGGUUGGGGGAAGCCUGUCGGGGCAGCGAUCGGAGCAAUGCUCGGAGAGAACGUCGUAAAGCUUAUGGGUAACAAAGAGGGUGACGGAAUCGAGGCGUGGGUGCAUUUGAAUUUCGACGACAUGGCGUACUUCGAGCAAGACCAGGAUAUCAAAUUACUUGCAACAUAAGUUAUAUAUAUAAUAAUGUUAUGAAAAAUACUAAAAUACCACUGUCAUUAGUAAUUUUUAAUUAACUAAG